AUACGCGUCGUCCGGUUCGAUCAAGUCACAGUGCAUGCAUCUUUGAAAGAUCCUUUCUCUUUGUUAUCGUCUUCCGUCUGAAAUGGAACGAAGUAGCAGACAGUCAAGACUCUCAGUUCAUCCACGAUACGCUCCGAGGGAAUCAGUUUUCGCCGGACAUCCCGAUCUAUACCGUGGCGAUAACAACGCAGUAUGCAGCCCGUUCUUGCGGAAUUGCGUUCAAGCAAUGGAGGAUUGCUGUGACGAGGCACAUGAGACCCAGGAGAUUCUGCGGCAAGGCACAUAUGAUCUCCCUCGAAUGACUAAAGUACUCGAGAAUGAAAGGGUUUUCCUCUUGAUCAACGAAGCUACGAUCCGAAAGUACAAGGCAGACUUAACAGACGAAAUCGAACCUCAGAUCAAUGAAUUACUGUCGCGCGCGGAGAAAGGUCUUAGAAUGUUAAUGAAACAGGAAAGUCUUCUUCGGACCAAGGUUGAGGGUUCAAAACAACAGACCGCUCCACCUCGAGGGAAAUUCAACACAGCGGGAAUGAGCAAACUCGACGCCAGGCGCGUUCAGAUGCUUGCCAGGCAACGUGAAGGCCUUGAGAAAGAGCUCGAAGCGCUGCGACUCGAAGUCGAGGAGAUUGUUCGUCUCUACCUCAUUAUCCUCGAUCCACAUUCUCACACCCGUGCUAGGAAUUGAGUCAAAUGCGAAAGUAAUGCACGACGCUGCAAGUUUGCAUUCAUAUAGGCAAAUCCACAUCUAAAGCUUCAACUGGACUUCUCCAAGGAGGACCGCUUCCGGGUAAUCACCCGCAUGCACCUUGCUAGGUCCGCCCUCCUUCAGAGGUGGUAGCGCCACCAAGCCGUUCGCCCCAGCUAGACUAGAAACUCGGCUUGAACGCUGUCCACCUGUGCUAUAGGCUUUCAAACCGUCAGGUUCGGACAUAACCACCACACGAUGGUAUUCUGGUCGAGGGUCGAGAGGCAUCGAGUCUUGGACCUGUCAAGAUAUCGGCGCGUCGAGGGAUUGAUGUAGAUUGGAGGAGUGGACACUCACCUGUACUCGCACACGCGGCAAAUGACACUUCUCGCCAGUCAGCCCAGUCAACCUUCUCAAUGCAGGUACGACGAAUACAUGGAACGUCACCAACGCACUCGCAGGAUUCCCGGGCAACGCGAAUAUAGGGGUGCGUUCCGUUGGUCUACCGGUGGUUGGGACUGUAGCAAACGUUGUGGGUUUACCAGGUUUGACGCUGACGCGACCGAAGUGGAUCGUUCCAUUGAGGUGACGUUCAAUGGCGGGUUUGAGGAGGUCACCUGUACCCAUGGAUGUACCUCCCGUUGUUAUGAUUAUAUCGGCUGAUUCAAGGCCUUUCCUGAGUGCGGUUAAGUGCGCGUCGAGGCUUCAAUACCGUAGGCGUUAGUCGAGGAAGUUAGGUACGUUUCAUCAUAGGACUUACUCGUCUGGCACGAUGCCCAAGUCGACGACUUCGUAGCCCAUACCUUCCAGUGCAGCUUGUAGGGAAGGCCUGUUUGUGUCCCAUAUGAUGUCGUUACGGUUUGGUUCGAUGGCAUGCAAAUCGCGAAGUUCGUUCCC